AUGGCUAGUAUUCUCAGUAUCGUUGUUACGGUUCUUGCUGUCAUAUGCGGCAUGCGCAACAUCCAUCAUGAUGAGGUCAUGACCGUCGGUUCUGCAAUCGCUGCCUGCAGCACCGCUGGGCGCUGGAAGGCUGCGAUUACUCUGCUCUCUGACACCGUGCCGUCGCGGCUUGCGGUCAACAGGAUCCUGCUGCAGUCGGCUGCCAGCGCAUGCGAAGUGCCCCGCAAGUGGGAAGCGGCAAUGUCGCUGCUGCGGGAUGCGGUUUUUCUACGCCAAGCGAGUAUCCAGACCUACACUGUGGUCAUCGGCGCCUGUGGUCGAGCUUCGUUCUGGGAGAUGGCUUUGGCCCUGUUCGCAGAGGUCCGUCCAUCCGACGUGGACCUUUUUGCCCUGAGCGCGGCGAUCGUGGCCUGCACCCAGCGUUGGGAGGUGGCAUGCUCACUGCUGAGCUCUGCCGGCUCCUUCUCCCUGGCCCCCGACACUUGUUGCAUCAACGCGGCCAUCAGCGCAUGCGAGAAUGCUGGAGUUUGGGAGCAUGCGCUCUCUUUGCUGUCCUUGCUUUGGAGGAGGAGAGCUGCCAGCGUCGUGAGCUUCAACACUGGCAUGAGUGCUUGCAAGGUGCAGUGGAGGCAUUGCCUACGCCUCUUCUGGGACAUGAUCGAGGGAAGCUUGUGCCCGGACAGCGCGACCUUCAACGCGGCGAUCACUGCCUGUGAGCAGGGUGGCCAGUGGCAGCGACUCCUCUGCCUGCUCACGGAGAUGGAGCUGAGGAACGUGGCGAAGGAAGUGGUCACCUAUACCUCGGCUAUCUCUGCCUGCGCAAAGGGUUCGGCUACCGACCAGGCAGCAGAGCUCUUGCAACGCAUGGAGGCGGAGCAGCUGCUUCCCAACGUCGUGACCUACGCCGCCCUGACGCCGAGAUCGCGCAGCAUCUCGAGUUUUUCCGAGAACCUGGUCCAAGCAGCCUUCCGCGACCUGCACUUUCUGAGAGACGCCUGA